AGCAGGACGCUCCUCAAAGACCUCCUUCUGCACGCUGAGCCAUGCGGUCGUUAGUCACCCUCGUCCUCUUGGCGCAACUCUUUAGCUUUUCCUCUCCUGUACUAUUUAGAGCCUUUGCCUGCGAUGAGCAUGACACUGAAGUAGCUGCUGCCGUAGCCGUGGACUACAUCAACAGCCACAGUCUACAUGGAUAUAAAUACGCUCUCAACGUAAUCAAGAACGUCCGAGUGUUUCCCUGGAUGCACAAGAGCCCCAAGCAGAUGCCCUACCUGCCGACAUAUGGAGAGCUUUGGCUUCUUGAACUGAACUUACUAGAGACUGACUGCCAUGUGUCAAACCCUAUGCCUGUUGCCAACUGUGCCGUACGAAAACGGACACAGCAUGCUGUUAAGGGGGAUUGUGAUGUCCGCAUGCUUAAGGAUAGGGGACGCAUUUCUAUUACCGCUAGAUGCCAUUCAACUCCAGAUUCAGCUGAAGAUGUUGUAAAAUUCUGCCCCGAUUGUCCACUUCUGGCCCCUCUGAAUGACCCCGCUGUGGUCAGCGCUGCUGAUACUGCCCUCCUCAUGUAUAACAGCUUAGAAACUACUUUGGAGCACUAUAUGAUCACUGAGAUUGCCCGAGCGCAACACACAAACAUGCCGCCGGCAGUCUAUGUGGAGUUUGCAAUUGGCAGCACGAACUGCACCCACCACGCCAAUGAGCAUGUGGAAGUUAAACGACUUUGCGCUGCCUCUUUGUCUCAGUCAGUGGCGGACAGACUAAACAUGCCGCCGAUAGACUAUGUGGACUUUACAAUUGGCAGCACGAACUGCACCCACCACUCCAAUGAGCAUGUGGAUGACAACUGCCACCUGGAGACAGGCAACCACUCACACGCUGGGUUCUGCAAGGCAACAGUCUUCAAGACUCUUAAUGAAUCUGGAGAGGUGCAGUGUGAGAUUUAUAAAGAGGCUGGACACAGCCGCAGCCAUAAGCACCUGGCUGGACAUCACAUUGGAGGAAACCGUCCUUCCCCUGGACAUGGCCACACUGUCCUUAACCUCUUUCAUUCCCACAAUGACACAUUCGCAUCCCAUACAAGCCGUGAAUCUGAGGAACGUGUUGUGGAGGAACACAUUGGAGGAAACCGUCCUUCCCCUGGACAUAGAAUCAAUAUGUUUAACCUCACUCAUUCCCACAAUGACACACUCGCAUCCCAUGAAUCCCAUGAAUCUGCUGAACGUGUUGUGCCCGCAGUACUACCUGCCGUGGUUAAAAGAGCAGCCGUAGAGGUUGCCAGCCUGAAGAGAACAGCAGCAGCAUCCCCAUUUCCUCUUAAGCCCCUGAAACUCUGUCCAGGGAGGACACGGCAUUUCACUUUGUAGAAUUGGAGCCUUAAGGGCUGAGCCUAGUGGUUUGUCUGGAGCAUAUACCCCAUGAGUGAGAAUGCAGAGAAACCCUGAGACCACUGAGUGAAUUGCAUAUCUCUUAUAUAGUCCUAAGUUUGAACUGAAAUUCUUGAGUCCAGGGAGGCUUCAUCCCGAUGCUACAGCAAAUAUCAGUAGCCUGCAAACAUAUUAAUAGAGCGAGCAUAUGUGUAUUCUGAUGACUCGCUUUGUAAAUGCGCAGAUUCUGCUGCCCACCACAGAAUUCGGCAUUCCUCCAUCUCUACCGUCAUCUUUGUUUUAAAAUCUAGUUUAACUCCUGUGACUAGAGACACCAGUUGGGGGGAAACGCAGAUAGUGCCUGAUGGAAUCCUAGGGCAGGAGUGGUCAAACUUGGGUCCCCAGAUGUUGUUGUUUGACUUCUGGUGCCAUAAUCCCCAGUCACAAUGUCAAAAGCCAAUUAAGGUUAGGGAUUAUAGGCGUUGAAGUCCAGUCUGGGACCCAGGUGUGAGAACCCCUAUCCUAGGAGGAGGACUUAGGAGAAUUUUGCAUAAUUCUUCAUCUCCUCCCUUUGAAAGCAAAAGCAGAAUAAGCUGUAUGCAAAUGCAGUCAUUCUUAUGCACAAUCUGGUGGGAAGCAAAGUUUAGAAGGAAGACUAUACAGGGCACUGAACAGAAGGGACCAAGAACUUCAUGAAAAAGAGCACAUCUUUUUGUGUUCUCCAAGUGAUUUUUUUAAAAUGUCCAAAAUUGCUAAGGCACAUUACAGCAUCAGUGAUGGAAAAUCUGUAUUCUGAAAAUAAGCAAACCCAAUGAUGGUGCUUCAUAAAUUAAACUCUAAACUCAAA